AUGGACUCUUUGGACAUAGAAAAUGCGGAUCUGCUGACUAGAGCCCAUACUUGCCUUAACAAUCCCAUUUAUUCAGUUCACCUCACACCUUGGAAGCUGUACUUUGAUGGAUCCAGAACUGAUUUAGCUUCCGGGGCAGGGAUUGUUUUGGAAGAACCAUUGGGGAUCAGACACUACUAUUCCUUCCAGUUAGAUUUCCAGUGCACCAACAACAAGGCUGAAUAUGAAGCUUUAAUCAUUGGAUUAGAAAUGUUGGUGGAAUUAGGGAUCCAAUCUGUGGAGAUCCUGGGAGAUUUCAUGCUUGUGUUGAAGCAAAUUGCUGAAGAAUACAAGUGUCUAAGUCCUUCUUUAGCUAUCUAUUUAGUAGCAGCUAGGAAUCUUUUGACAUAA